CGGGCGGUUAGGCUGUCCGGCGACUUGACUGUGAGAGCUGGGGCACAGAAGGAGGAUAUCCGUGGAAACAUUUGAAUUGUAGGAGUCUGAAGGGAAACAGCUCCUUAAUGAACAUCACACAAAGAUGAAACUGUGUCAAAAAGGUUGUCUGGUGCAGAAACACACACCUGAGCCCUGUGUGAACAUCUGAGGAGGACAUGAUCCCAGAGCCCACUGCUGCAGCUGCAUCCAGGUCCUCAGAGCAGAACACCAACUCUCAUGCAGAGGCGACCUCCUCUGGAGCUGUCAAUCACUCGGAGGAUGACUCAGGCAACGAGAACAGACAGAAGAGUGUGAGACGAAGAAAGAGAGCGCACAAAGGCUCAGAGAAUGUCAAACGCAAAAGUGCCAAAGCCGGCUGCAGCAGGGCUAGCAGAGCUGGAGGCAGCAAACAGAAGCAUGUGGAGGCCGUCACUCUGUUUGAGGUCAUCACCAUGGGCCGGAGCGCCAUGCAGGCGGUGAUAGAUGACUGGAUUGAGGCGUACGUAGCGGACAGAGACUCCUCUCUCCUCGACCUCAUCAGCUUCUUCAUCCAGUGUUCUGGGUGCAAAGGUGUGGUCACAGCAGAGAUGUGUCAGAGCAAAGAGGACAGUGAUGUCAUGAGUAAGAUGGUGGAGGAGCUGGAUGAGGAUUCUGGUCUGCAGUAUAAGAAGUUUCUGGCCUUCCCAUGGAUCCUCACAGUCUCGUGGCCCAUGGACACAGAUAGUGCUGAGUAUCCUCUCAUCCAGUCUGGACCUUACGGUCGCUGGUUUCACUCCGAGUUCUGUGACUUUGUGUCGGUUCUGGUGUCUCAGUGUCAGCAUAGCGUCAUCUUCGACAGUUACCUGAUGAACACCCUCAUCUCACUGCUCACCGAGCUGUCAAACUCCUACGUACGAGCGUUCAGACACACCUGCACGCUGGCAGCCAUGAAGCUGCUGAGCGCUUUGGUGGGUGUUGCUCUCAGUCUGAGCAUCGGGAUUGAAAACAGUCAGAAGCUGUACGAGGUGCAGAAGACAAAGACGGUGAGACAGAAAAGCUCACAGCAGCUGGAGAGAAUUCAGAAGAAGAUCACAGAGUUGCAGGAGAAGAGAGCGGAGGUGGAGAGCAUGAUGGACAUCAUCUUCAAGGGAGUUUUUCUCAAGAGAUACCGCGACGUGCUUCCAGAGAUCCGCUCCAUCUGUAUGGAGGAGUUGGGUUUGUGGAUGAAGCUCUACAGUUCUGCAUUUCUCAACGAUAGUUACCUCAAAUACAUGGGCUGGAUGAUGCAUGAUAAGCUACCGGAUGUGCGUCUCAAGUGUGUUUUAGGUCUGCAGGGUCUCUAUGGAGAUCCUCUCCUGCUGCCUAAACUUGACCUGUUCACCAGCCGCUUCAAGGAACGAAUCAUCUCCAUGACUCUGGAUAAGGACAACGAAGUGGCGGUGCAGACCAUGAAACUACUGCUACUCAUCUCCAAAACAUCUGAUGAGGUUCUCACUCCUGAAGACUACAAGCAGCUCCUCCAGUUUGUUUACUCCUCACAGCGCCCUCUAGCGGCCACUGCAGGAGAGCUGCUCUUCUCAAGGCUUCUCAGUACUGUAGCUCCUACAUCAGAAACUCAGGAUGAAUUAAAUGAAGAAGAAGCACAUAAACAGCAAAUACUGAAAGCUCUGCUGCAGUUCUACCAAGAGUCUGAGCUGCACAAGCAUGUGGUGUACCUGGUGGACAGUCUGUGGGAUUGUGGUGGAGCUCUGCUGAAGGACUGGCCCACGCUCACGUCUACACUGCUGCAGGACUCUUCCUCACACAGUACAGGUUUUUCUCUGGCAGAACAGGCAGUGCUGGUGGAGAUCCUGGUGGCGUCGGUGCGUCAGGCCUCAGAGGGACCAGCGCUGGCAGGGAGGAGUGGAGCCAAGAAGGUAAUGAACACCAGAGAGAAGAAGAUUCAGACCGACGACUGUUUAAAGCUCACUGAGCAUCUCCUCAUGGUGCUUCCUAGAUUACUGUCCAAGUUUUCAAGUAGCUAUGACAUCGUUGCCUCCCUGAUGAGGAUUCCUCAGUAUUUCCUCACAGAGUGUCCUGAAGCUGAAAACACACAGAUGGUGUCCAGUCUGAUGGCAGAGAUGGAAGCUGCUCUGGACCUCCACCCGGGCCCUGCUGUUCUGGAGGCAGCGGCCCGCACAUACCUCAGUCUGUGUGGGGAGGAAACGUCCUGGUGCUCUGCUGCCCGAAGCGCCAGAGACUCUCUGGUCCAGCGCUGGGUGGAAAAACUGACGGCUCUGCUGGGAGACUCACUGAAGGGCGACGGUUUCUCUGCUUGUGAGGACAAAUUAAGAGACAUUCUAGCGACACUGAAGAAACUCAGGGCUUUCCACAACUGUCAUGACCUCUCUCGGUGGAGCCUGUUUGACCUGCUGUCGCCCCUCCUGUCCGUGGAGAGAGGAGCUCCGUCUGAGGUGCUGCUGGAGGUGCUGCAGUGUUUGUCUUACGUCCUGCUCUGGUCUCUCAACACGAGCGGCGAAACUCUAACCUGCAGAGAGAAGGCUGUGGCCCAGAGGCUCCAGCUGCGUCUCUUCUGUGAAAGAAGUCAUCGCUGCCUGUCUCAUGGUGACCUCAGCGUGAGGCAGCAGGCUUUUGUGGGCGUGUGUGACGUCCUGACGGCUCAUUCCUACCAGCUCCACGUGUGGGAUCCCACCUCCUUCGGCCCGCUGCUGUUCACCACCAGCCCCAAGCUGCAGAGGGCGCUGUUGACCUUCGUUUGCGUCCACGUCUUCGUAGCUUCAGACUGUGACAACCAGAGCAAGGUCGGUGAAAACUCUGAAGUGGAGAGGCUGGAGGACCUUCACAGGAGGAGAAAUCUGCUGGCGGCCUACUGCAAACUCAUCAUGCACGGAGUGCUGGAGAUGAGCAUGGCGACUGAGGUCUUCAUGUACUACAUGAAGUAUUACAAUGACUUUGGAGACAUCAUCAAGGAGACCAUGUACAGGACCAGGCAGGUGGAUAAGAUAGAGAGCGCUCGCACACUGGUGCUCAGUUUGCAGCAGCUGUUCAUGCAGCUCAAACGGGAACAAGAGAGCGGCGGCAGGUCUCACCCAGGAGUCCAGACCUUCACCAGCAUCAAAGAGCUGGCCAGGAGAUUCGCCCUCACCUUCGGGGACCUCGUCAAGUUCCGUGAGUGUGUCGUGAUGAUCCACAGGAACGGCAUCGAGUUUGUGUUCCAGGAGUUCAGUCAGACGCCGGGGACGGCCACGCCGCCGUACCUCUCCUACCUCACCAUCCUCAGCGAGUUCUCCAGCAAACUGCUCAAACCAGACAAGAAGACGGUGUUCUCCUAUCUGCAGAAGCACACUGCUGAGCACAUUAUUGACCUCAGGGAGGAGACCUGGCAGCCGCUUAUUUACUACCGAGCAUCCCUAUUGGCUGCAGCCGAAGGGGAGGAUGCUGUGUCUUAUGUAAGCUCAGACAGGAAGCCUUACCAGCCACACCGCUCUCCUUUCUCCAAACCAAAACUGGAAGGAAGCAGAUCCCCGUGUCCAUUCAGCCCCGUUGAGUCCAAAGUCGGUAAAGUUCCCAGACCAAGCGGCAGUCCAAGCCAUCAGGACAAGGCAGCUGAAACGGAUCCAUUUUCCGUCCCUCUGGAGCCUCCUGCAAAAAGACUCGACACUGAGGGAUCUGUCCUCAGCGCCAGCAGCGAGCCGGACGACGACACCGUGGACGUGGAGCUGUAAAUAUGAGGCUGGUGCUCCUGUGUAGAAACCUCACUGGACAUCACAGACUCUGAGACGCUUUCCUGUUUUUCUUGCACCUUGUGAGCAGUAUCUCCUCUGUUUAAUUACCACAUCCGGGCGUGCAAUUUUUGUACAAUUAUGAACAUGUUGAACAUGCAGUAUAUUAUGUUUUUCGGAGGGUGCAAUCCUAAAUGGUGAUGUUACACCCAUGUGAAGACCAAAACCAACAAUGAAAUAUUAAAUAUUUAAAGUGGGACACAUCUCACUCCCACAACAAGCUGCGAAGUGUGCCGUCAUCCAAAUGACUAAUUUGUUUAAAGUCAGUCCUACAAACACCAAUCUGAAAAUAGUAACCAGUGCAGUAAAUUAUGUAUUAAUCCGCAGCUAAAAAUAGUCCCCAACAAAUGCACUUUCUGUUCCUAUUGUAACUUUUGUAAAAACUACAGUUCCCAGCUAUUUGAGUCGGUUUAUUAAACAAAAAAAAACACAAAAAAAAAAAUUGAUAUUUACGACAUAAAAAGACAAAACAUUUCAGGACUUAUUAAUGUGUUUCGGGCUGAGUGACAAUCACAUUGUUGUUUUUAGUCUUUUCAUGAAGAAAUAUUUAUUCAUAUUUACUAAUACCAGUUUUAUUCUGGUGUUAUCAUUAUUGUCAGACUGGUUUAAUUUGAGGACCAUUCAUAUCAGUAUAUGUAUAGAUUUUUUUGAACAUAGAGCUUUACUGUAAAUUGCACUUGAACGUUACGAGUAACACUAAAUAAUUUAUCCUUUUAAUGUUACUUUUGGAUCCAAAUUUUGUUUGGUGUUAUAGAGGGUCAACUGAGAACUGUGCUUUAUUUUCCUACUCGCCACUUUAUCACAACUUAUGUAUUUAAUGUAAAACAAUAAAAAAAAUGUCUGCAGCAGUUUUUAACCUGUAUACAUCUAUAAAUACUAUUAUUACA